CCUUCUUUCUCCUUCCUUUUCCGCUUCCGUCGCGGCCGCCAAAUCCUCCUUCAGCUCCACCGGGUCUCGGCCCGCUGCUCCCCCGCCGUGCCCCGCCGGGCCGCGGCUGCCCGGAGAUAGCGGGAGGAUCCUCGGGGAGGCCGCGCCGGGGAGGACAAGAUGGAGGUAAAAGAUGCAAAUGCUGCAUUGCUGAGUAACUUUGAGGUGUACCAGUUACUCACUGAUCUCAAGCAGCAGCGUAAGGAGAGUGGCAAAACCAAGCAGAGCUCUGGGCAGCAGAACCUGAACACAAUCAUGUAUGAGACACUGAAGUACAUCUCAAAAACCCCCUGCAGGUACCAGAGCCCUGAGACUGUCAGGGAGUUCCUGGCAGCAAUGAAAGAUCACAAAUUAACCAAAUGGUGGAGGAAAGCGAGGAGAGGCUGACAGAGGAGCAGAUCGAGUCCCUGCUGCAGACAGUCACCAGCAUCCUGCCAGGGGACCCUGAGGAGCAGCACAGGGACUCAGCAAUGGCAGCAGAGCACAGAGGUGACCAGGCCUAGCAGGCAGCACCUCCAGAAGAGAACCAGCUGCUGUUACUCUGGGCUUGACACCAGUUCAAUCCUGUAUUAUAACUAUAAAAUAGAUUCAGAUUUUUAUGAUUUGGAGGUGAUGAGGGAGCCAAUUGUUCACAAGGAAGCAGGGAAAAGGACACUGUUGUUUGGGGGUUUUGUCAUGAACGGGGGUGGCAGUGCCAGGGUUUGCAGUGGAGCAGCCUCAGCAGUGCAGGGGCUCUGCAUCUUUAGGGAUUUUUCCUUUCCCCACAGAAUCAGCACAGCAGAGCUGCCAUGAGAAUUUUCCUUUCAGCUUUGCAGUUCCCCAAGUGGCUUCCAGAGCAGUGCAAAGCCAAUUUUGGGGCUGUUUGCACAGCAGGAGCUCCCAAAUCUGGGCAUCCUGGAAUUGAGAGGAUCUGUGGGAGGGCAACUCAAGGGUGUCUGAGAGUCCCUUCUAAAUAAAAAAGAUCCAGAUUCAGCAAACUGCACUGAAACCUGGGAGCUGGGGGGGUUGAAGCUGUGAAAUCAAAGCUGGGAGUGCCCAACCAGCAGAAUAUUGGGGUGUCUGUGCCCUCUGAGCAUUUAUUGCAAUAUUCACACACACACAAGGCGCUCCUGAGAUGGAGGAAUAAAUGAGGCAACACUGAGCUCUUGAUCUGGGAAAAUGAGAGUCAGGCCUGGAUGAAGCAGAAUUUCCUGAGCUUUUUUGUGUGAUGAAGGAUUUCAGGAUCAAGUAUUUCAUGUUGAAAGCCUUUGUGAUUAUAAUAAAUCAUCUGUGUGUGAAUAUCCACACAAAGUCAGCCACUGGUUUAAAUUGUGGCUGCAGACCAUUCUGUUAUAAUUAUUAUGAUGUACUGGAAAUAGAAAUAAAAUUUGAAGUACAUCCUGGGAGUUUUGUGACUUACAGACGAGAUCAAAUCACAAUAUCUGGCUUUUUUUCCCCCCUCAGCUCUGUCAUGGGUUUAUUUUGUGUUUUUAUGCAGAGAAUUUGUGCUUUCUGAGCUUCAGUUGUGCAGUGUAUGAAAGGGACUGAUAAAUUCCACUGUCUGGGAGAUUUGUCAUAUUUGUUUCCAUGGUAUUUAAGCUUCUUUGAUGUUUGGAGAGGAAAGAAAAUUAUUGGAAAAAUAUAUUUGUUGCCUUUUAAAAGAUCAUUUAUCAUUCAUUAAAUGCCUUCCAAGGCUG